AUGGCUUCUCGUAUAGCAAGAAAUAGCGUCAAAAGUGUACGUUCCAGGGCUCAAAUGGACGGCGAUGGCGCCAAAGUGUAUCGUAGUAUUGGCACUGCUGCUUUGCGUGAUCUUGAUCCAUUCUUGAUGCUGGACGAAUUUGAUGUCCAUGCUCCUGGCGGAUUUCCAGAUCAUCCCCAUCGCGGAUUUGAGAAGGUAAUCUACAUGUUGGAAGGCGAGUUUCUGCACGAGGACUUCAAGGGCCACAAGGGACGCAUUGGACCAGGAGAUCUUCACAAAGAUAAGCUUGCCGAGCCUAACUACCAAGAGCUUCCCAAGGAACAAGUGGCACACGUUUCGCCUGAGCCAGGCGUAGAUAUCAAAGUCAUUGCAGGAUCCUCCAAUGGCACAGUCAGCCAAGCUUUUACAAGAACACCAACCAUGUUCAUCGACGUCAAGAUGAAGAAAGGCAAACAUAUGGAGCAAGAGAUCCCGCCCAACUAUGCUGGAUUCAUCUGCACCAUUGAGGGAUCAGCGAAAUUUGGAGGCACGGAGCAUUUAUCCGAGGCUCACCAUACAUUAGUUUUGGAUAACAACCAAGGCAAUUUCAUUCCAGUUGAAUCAGUUUCUGAUGAUACACAUUUUGUGAUUAUUGCUGGCCAGCCAAUCAAUGAACCCAUUGUUCAACAUGGUCCCUUUGUCAUGAACACACAACAAGAGAGCAUUCAAGCGGUUUCUGACUAUCAACAAGGCCGCAAUGGAUUCGAAGGUGCUCCUGGUUGGUCGUCAUCGAUCCAAAACAAAUGGGAUGCUCACCAUUAG